UUUCGCGAGUGAGUGUUGCGUUCCCCAGUCUCAGCCAGCAACCAUGGCUGCGAAGCCUGCGUCUCUCCUUAUCUUCCGAUCCCGCCUCAAUCUAUAUUUCAAGCCCUUCAUUUUCUCUUCUUCAUCCCUCGCUUUCACUAUCACUCUCAGAUUUCCCUUUCCGAAGCCCUCAUUCUUCGCCAAUCGCACGUUUCAUUCUUCUCUCAGCGCCGUCUCUUCCGCCCAGUCUCUCGGCGACAGCGGCAGCGCUGGCGGCAGGUCGGGGGCGCUUUCUCCAUCGCCGGUCACGGAAGAAUUGCAGAAGAUCGAUGUUAACCCUCCUAAGGGAACUCGAGAUUUCCCACCCGAAGAUAUGCGACUCCGCAACUGGCUAUUCCAUAAUUUCAGGGAGGUUUCGCGAGUCUACGGGUUUGAGGAGAUUGAUUUUCCGGUGCUCGAGUCGGAGGCGCUGUUCAUUAGGAAAGCGGGUGAAGAAAUAAGAGACCAGCUCUAUUGUUUUGAAGAUCGGGGAAAUCGUCGAGUUGCUUUACGGCCUGAGCUUACCCCUUCUUUGGCAAGAUUAGUGAUCCAGAAAGGAAAAUCUCUGUCCCUCCCAUUGAAAUGGUUUGCUAUAGGACAAUGCUGGCGAUAUGAGAGAAUGACGAGAGGUCGGCGUCGUGAGCAUUACCAAUGGAAUAUGGAUAUCAUUGGUGUACCCGAGGUUACGGCUGAAGCAGAGCUUCUAUCCUCCAUUGUUACUUUUUUCAAGCGAAUUGGAAUUACAGCAGCUGAUGUUGGAUUUAAGGUUUCCAGCCGAAAGGUUUUGCAAGAAGUAUUAGAAUGUUUUGGAAUACCUGAAAAUAUGUUUGGCAAGGUUUGCAUUAUCAUAGACAAGAUAGAGAAAAUUCCAUUAGAUGAGAUGAAGAAGGAACUGAAAGCUGUGGGUGUAUCAGAGGAGGCUAUUGAGGAGCUGUUGCAAGUUCUUUCAGUAAAGUCUUUGACAAAGCUAGAAGAGAUAAUUGGAGGUGGUGGGGAAGCGGUGUCUGAUCUGAAGCAGCUGUUUUCUCUCGCUGAAAAGUUUGGGUACGCUGAUUGGAUCCAAUUCGACGCCUCCAUUGUCCGCGGCCUUGCUUAUUAUACUGGGAUUGUUUUUGAGGGAUUUGAUAGAGGAGGAAAACUACGAGCCAUAUGUGGUGGGGGUCGGUACGAUCAUUUGCUUUCUACUUUCGGUGGCGAUGAUAUUCCUGCGUGUGGCUUCGGCUUUGGCGAUGCUGUUAUAGUUGAGUUGCUGAAGGAAAAGAGUCUGGUGCCACAACUGAGUCUUGAAGUAGAGAACAUAGUGUGUGCUCUGGAUCCUGAUCUCCAAGGUGCAGCUUCUACAGUUGCUACACUUCUCAGGGAAAAAGGUCAAAGUGUUGAUUUGGUUUUGGAGAACAAACCUCUUAAGUGGGUGUUCAAACGAGCUGCCCGGAUUAACGCUCAGCGGCUCAUUUUGGUCGGAAGUUCAGAAUGGCAACGAGGUAUGGUCGGAGUCAAAAAUCUUUCGUCGGGCGAACAGUGUGAGGAAAAAAAGAAGUAAAAGAAGAUCCCGAUUGGCUAGAGAACUCGGCCAACUAGAGAUACCAUUAUCUCAAAAUACACUUUUAGAGCACAGAAAUAUGCUCUUCUAUCCACUUUCGCAAAAGAGAUGAUCCUGUAGAGAGUUUUUAGGCUUUUGAUUUCUUCCACAAUCCACUAGAUUUCUGCUAAGUCUUGGUCCUCAUCACACAAAAACUUGGCAAGCUCCUCUGAAUCGGUUUCCACUCGAAGAGGAAGAGAAGGUGCACGUCACAGCAGAUGACAAAGGCCUUCCAACACUGCUUCCGUCUCCAAACUCUUUACUCCCUGGCAAGACUCCACCAUUUUACAGCCUGUAGUAACGACAUCGCCCCUCCAAUUUCUCAUUUUCUUUGGUCAAUAUUUUUUUUGUUUAAUAAUUGUUGAUACUAUGGGCAGCUCCUUUCACAUUUUUUUAAAGAAAAUAUUUAAAAGAUUUAAACUUCAAAA